AUGGCUUCCCACGGGCUCACCCUCCUCUGCUUUCUGCUCGGACUUCAGGGAUCCCUGGCUGCAGUCUUCGUGACCCAGGAGGAAGCGCACAGUGUCCUCCACAGGCAGCGGCGUGCCAACUCCCUCCUGGAGGAGCUGCGGCCAGGCUCCCUGGAGAGGGAGUGCAAGGAGGAGCAGUGCUCCUUCGAGGAAGCCCGCGAGAUCUUCAAGAGCCUGGAGAGGACGAGGCAGUUCUGGACUUCCUACAACGAUGGGGACCAGUGUGCCUCGAAUCCAUGCCAGAACGGGGGCUCCUGUGAGGACCAGCUCCAGUCCUACGUCUGCUUCUGCCUCCCCGACUUUGAGGGACGCAACUGUGAGACAAACAAGAACGCCCAACUCAUCUGUGUGAACGAGAACGGCGGCUGUGAGCAAUACUGCAGCGACCGCGAGGGGGACAAGCGCUCGUGCCGGUGCCACGAGGGGUACGCUCUGCAACCGGACGGAGUGUCCUGCAUGCCCACAGCUGAAUACCCAUGUGGGAAAAUACCUAUUUUGGAAAAAAAGAAUGCCAGCAACCCCCAAGGCCGAAUUGUGGGGGGCAGGGUGUGCCCCAAAGGGGAGUGUCCAUGGCAGGCCGUGCUGUUGCUGAACAGGGCGCUGCUCUGUGGGGGCACCCUGCUGGACCCUAGCUGGGUGGUGUCCGCAGCCCACUGCUUUGACAAGAUCCGGAGCUGGAGGAACCUGUCCGUGGUGCUGGGCGAGCAUGACCUCAGUGAGGACGACGGGGACGAGCAGGCCCGGUGGGUGGUGCAGGUCAUCAUUCCCGACAAGUACAUCCUGGGCAAAACUGACCAUGACAUCGCACUGCUCCGCCUGCACCAGCCCGUGACCCUCACUGACCACGUGGUGCCCCUCUGUCUGCCGGAGAGGGCCUUCUCCGAGAACACGCUGGCCAGCAUCCGCUUCUCGUGGGUCAGCGGCUGGGGCCAGCUGCUGGACCGUGGUGCCACGGCCCUGGAGCUCAUGGCCAUCGAGGUGCCCAGGCUGAUGACCCAGGACUGCCUGGAGCAAUCCCAGCAGAGGCCGGACUCCCCCGUGGUCACAGAGAACAUGUUCUGUGCCGGCUACCUGGACGGCAGCAAGGACGCCUGCAAGGGGGACAGCGGGGGCCCCCACGCCACACGCUACAGAGGCACGUGGUACCUGACGGGUGUGGUCAGCUGGGGAGAGGGCUGCGCUGCCGCCGGCCACGUCGGGGUGUACACCCGGGUCUCCCAAUACACGGAGUGGCUCCACAGGCUCAUGGACUCCAAGCCCCAGCUGGGCAUCCUGCGGCGAGCCCCAUUCCCCUAG